AUGGAACAAGGAAAUGAUACAAAAAUUCCAGAAUUACUUCUUCUGGGGUUAUCAGAGGACCAAGAACUGCAACCCCUCAUAUUUGGGCUUUUCAUCUCCAUGUACCUGAUCACUGUGUUUGGAAACCUGGUCAUCAUCCUCGCUGUCAGCAUAGACCCCAAACUCUACACACCCAUGUACUUCUUCCUGGUCAACUUGUCCUUUGUGGACAUCUGUUUCACCUCUACAACUGUUCCCAAGAUGCUGUGGAACAUCCAGACUCAGAGCAAAGUCAUAACCUAUGCAGGCUGUGUUACUCAGAUGUACUUCUUAAUAAUCUUUUCAGUGUUGGACAUCUACCUCCUUGCUGUGAUGGCAUAUGACCGCUUUGUAGCCAUCUGUCACCCCCUGCACUACACAGUCAUCAUGAACCCCCGGCUCUGUGGACUGCUUGUUCUGGGGUCCUGGAUCAUAAGUGUCUUGCAUUCCUUCUUACAAAUAUCAAUGGUGUUGCAGCUGUCCUUCUGUACAGAGGUGAAAAUCCCCCACUUUUUCUGUGAACUCAAUCAGAUGAUCCAACUUGCUUGUUCUGACACCUUCAUUAAUAACAUGGUGAUGUAUUUUGCAGCUGUCCUGCUGGUUGGUGUUCCCCUUGCUGGGAUCCUUUACUCUUACUCUAAGAUUGUUUCCUCCAUACUUGGGAUCUCAUCAGCCCAGGGGAAGUAUAAAGCAUUUUCCACCUGUGCAUCUCACCUCUCAGUUGUCUCCUUAUUUUUUUGUACGAGCCUAGGAGUGUACCUUAGCUCUGCUGCCACCCAGAGCUCCCACUCAAGUGCAGUAGCCUCAGUGAUGUACACGGUGGUCACACCCAUGCUGAACCCCUUCAUCUACAGCCUUAGGAACAAAGAUAUAACAAGGGCUCUGAAAAGAAUGGGCACUAAGGAGGGCACUUGA